AUGAUGCGGGGGACUGAGCUGCUGCUCGGUUACUUUCUGGUGAAAGUUAUGGUGUGCGAUGCGGAGGGCGAGCCGGGUCAAACCGUCGAUGACUACAUGAUACCCGGAUUUAACGACUCAAUGGAAGGUGAGAUCGGAGUCACGGAGAGCCCGCACGUGGAGGACAAGUGCCGUGGCUACUACGACGUGAUGGGCCAGUGGGACCCGCCGUUCGUGUGCAGGACGGGCAGCUACCUAUACUGCUGCGGCACCUGUGGCUUCAGGUUCUGCUGCGCGUUUAAAAGCUCCCGGCUGGACCAGACCACCUGUAAGAACUACGACACCCCGCCGUGGAUGAUGACAGGACGACCUCCGCCAAAAGUGGACGUGGCGCUCGAGUCGGCGAAGGAUAAAACCAACCUCAUUGUUUAUGUCAUAUGCGGGGUCGUGGCCAUUAUGGCACUGAUAGGGAUUUUCACCAAGCUUGGUUUGGAAAAGACGCAGCGUCCACACAGAGAAAACAUGUCAAGACCUCUUGCACAUGUGAUCCGCCAUCCUGCCUCAGAGCACACAGACGACAUCGGACUCAGUCAACACUAUGAGAACAUACAAACCAGACUCACAGCUAACAGUUUCCACAGCAACCAGAUGAACAAUGCGGCUCAAGUACCAACUUUGAUAAGUCAGCCAUACCCGGCUGUGGGACCAAUCAUCAGCCCGUAUGAAGACCCAACCCCUGUCAAGGAGCUCAACAAGUACACCACGCUCAAGGCUGUGGCAGAGAAAGCUAAUGACAGCUUCCACAACAACCGACGACAAGUGAUUGAGAUGACAGCCAAAGGUAGCCUUCCCAUGGAAGGCAUGGAUAUGGAGCCAGAGCCGAGUAAUCCUUACAGCCCACCCAGACAGCUGUCAAAGCAGAAUGGACACAAGUAUAAAAGCUCCAAGAGCCACAGCUCCCAGUCACUGUACUACAGCUCCAGCAGUGCUCCCAGCCCAGGUAUGCUAAGAUCCUGGGAAAGCAAGGACACGCUAGGACUCCGACAGAGCUACGGCCCCAAGAAACUCUGCAUCACAGAAAAGGAGCUGGACACCACUCGCUACAUGCCUCCACAACCAUACUUUGUCACUAACAGCAAGACAGAAGUGACAGUAUGA